UGGAACGGGACCGAGGCGCCGGGGGGCGGCGCCUGGGCCGUCCCCUACUCUUUGCAGGUGACGUUGACGCUCGUGUGCCUGGCCGGGCUGCUCAUGCUGCUCACCGUGUUCGGCAACGUGCUGGUCAUCAUCGCCGUGUUCACCAGCCGCGCGCUCAAGGCGCCCCAGAACCUCUUCCUGGUGUCGCUGGCCUCGGCCGACAUCCUGGUGGCCACGCUCGUCAUCCCUUUCUCGCUGGCCAACGAGGUCAUGGGCUACUGGUACUUCGGCAAGGUGUGGUGCGAGAUCUACCUGGCGCUCGACGUGCUCUUCUGCACCUCGUCCAUCGUGCACCUGUGCGCCAUCAGCCUGGACCGCUACUGGUCCAUCACGCAGGCCAUCGAGUACAACUUGAAGCGCACGCCGCGCCGCAUCAAGGCCAUCAUCGUCACCGUGUGGGUCAUCUCGGCCGUCAUCUCCUUUCCGCCGCUCAUCUCCAUCGAGAAGAAGGGCGGCGGCGGCCAGCAGCAGGACGAGCCGCGCUGCGAGAUCAACGACCAGAAGUGGUACGUCAUCGCGUCGUGCAUCGGCUCCUUCUUCGCGCCCUGCCUCAUCAUGAUCCUGGUCUACGUGCGCAUCUACCGCGUGGCCAAGCUGCGCACACGCACGCUCAGCGAGAAGCACACCGCCGCCGGCCCCGACGAUCGCGUCACUGAUGAAUUCCCAAAGUCAACGGAGGAGGGCGGAGACCUCGUGUUUACAUGA